AUGCCAAUCUCAGUGACCAGUCUAGAUCAUCUCGUCAUCACAUGUAGCGAUCUAGAUCGUACAGCCGCCUUCUACCAGCGGCUGGGCAUGUCUCUGCAGACCUUCGGGGACCAUCCUUCGCAGCGACGACAGGCCCUGACUUUUGGGCCUGGCACUCAGAAGAUCAAUCUUCACCAGGUUGGCAAAGAGUUUGAUCCACAUGCUGACAAGCCCACGCCGGGAUCGCAGGACCUGUGUUUUGUCGUUGAGAUGCCCAUCGAAGAGGUGUGUGAGCAGCUGGAGAGUGAGGGCAUUGCCAUUGAGCUGGGGCCCGUGGAUAGAGAGGGAGCAAGGGGUAAGAUGAGGAGUGUAUAUGUGAGAGACCCGGACCGCAAUCUGGUAGAGCUCGCCUCGUAUGGCAAAGCCGCCUGACUGUCGCUGCGGGCAGCUGUAACAUAUGCAUCGCCCGAAUCUGAUCAGGAUUGGAUGACUCGAUCGAGUUGACAGAAGGAGAAAGCAUGAAUGGUACAAAGCUGAUGUUAAAACAGAUGUGUGAGGCGUGGCGAGAAAAAAAGUACAUAUGUGGAAAUGACGAGGUGUAUGAAGUUUAUCGUUGCUCGACAUCACACCCCUAGAUGUCGGCUUCUAUCGUGCAUGUCGGUUCGCUGCGGUCGCCGCACCUUGACCAUGUUUAUGCCUACGCCUUCGCGCUGCCAUCACCAAGCAGGACUCUAAUG